AAAACUGAAAGUGAAAUGAGGAAGACAGAUUGAGCAAUCCACAGAAGGGCAAACGCCAGUAAAGCCAAGGCCCAGGAGGGGCAAAGAUGCACAAGGGGAGAAAGAAGAAAAGCAGGAGAGCGCUCCGGAGGGGGAGAGCCCGGGGCUGCCUCACAGUCAAUGCGGGACCUCGAGGCGCACAGAUAACAGGAAAUGAUCCGUCCUCUGUGGUCACUCAUUGUAAAGGCCCCAGCCUUCAAAGUGCAAGUCGGGGAAUGGAUGACUCCACGGAGUGGGAGCAGGCACGCCUUUCUUCUUGCCUCAAGAAAGGGGGAGAAAUGAAACUAGAGUGUGUUCCCAUCCUCCCACAGAAGGAAAGCCCCUCGGUCCGAUUCUCCAGAGAUGCAAAGCUGCUGGCCGUGACCUUGCUGCUGGCCCUACUUUCCAGUGGCCUCACGCUUAUCUCUUUCUACCGCGUGGCCACCCUGCAAGCGGACCUGGAAAGCCUCCGCGCAGAACUGCAGGGCCACCGCGCACCAAUGCCCACCCCGACCCAGGCCCGAGCCGCGGCUCCCGCGGCCCCAGUGGGACUGAAAGGCAUCUUUGCCGCAGCCGCUCUGGGGGAAAGCCACUCUAGCCCCGGCAGCAGGAACCGGCGCGCGCUUGAGGGGUCCCAGGAAACAGUUACUCAAGACUGCUUGCAACUGAUUGCAGACAGCGACACACCAACGAUUCGUAAAGGAGCUUAUACAUUUGUUCCAUGGCUUCUCAGCUUUAAGAGAGGAAGAGCCCUGGAAGAAAAAGAGAAUAAAAUAGUGGUGAAAGAAACCGGGUACUUCUUUAUAUAUGGCCAGGUUUUGUACACCGAUAGCACCUUUGCCAUGGGACACCUAAUACAGAGGAAAAAAGUCCACGUCUUUGGGGACGAGUUGAGUCUGGUGACAUUGUUCCGAUGUAUUCAGAAUAUGCCAGAAACACUACCCAACAACUCCUGUUAUUCAGCUGGCAUUGCGAAGCUGGAGGAAGGAGAUGAACUUCAACUUGCAAUACCACGAGAAGAUGCAAAGAUUUCACGGGACGGAGAUGGCACCUUUUUUGGGGCAUUGAAACUUCUGUGACCCACUUAUGCCGUGUCUGUGGCUCUUUGCCCCUCUUCCUCUGCACCUCUAAGGGGAAAUCACUUAACUGGAAGUGCCAAAAGGGGAAAAGUAGUUACCAUAGCCUUUUCUGUGAGCUGUUUAUUUUGGUUUGCUGAAAGUGGUCCAAAACAGGAAAUUUAACAGACAACCACA